ACCUUCUAAGCAUUCUGGCAUUCAAAAUCAGACUCUCAGCUUGCUUCAUCGUCUAAGCGACACAGAUGGGGCAGAUCUUAGGGUCCUUGCAAGAAAAAUUUCAAGGUAAGGAAUGGAGGAAAAGACAACUAAGAAAGAUAAUAGUUAAGAUCUUUAAUCGUUUUAAAAAUGAGUCAGGAAAGGUUUCCUUGACAUCUGAAGAAUUGUAUAUAGCAGUGCUGCUUGUUUACAGUGACAUUAACAAAUAUUUGCCCGGGCGCCACAUUGAUCCACCAUCUAUGGAUGAAGUCAAGGCUAUGAAGGAGAAAUAUGAUUUGAAUCUUGAUGGGGAACUGGACUGUGAAGAAUUUGUGGAGUUUUUUCAGAAAUUGACCAUCAACACUCUAACAGUUGUGAGUCAAAAUUUGAUCAUCGCCUUGGUCGUAGCACCAAUAAUCGCAUUGGUAGCAAAGAAGGCAACUGAGGAUGUCCCAAGUGUUGGGACGGUUGUUCAAAGGGUUCCAAAUUCAAUCUAUGCUACGGUAGUGACUCUUGCAGUUGUAUUAUUUCAAAAAGUGGGCAAGGAAAUCAAGUGAAACCCUUGUUUCCCAACUGUAAUCAAAGAGAAGAGACUGUAGUAAUUCUCUGUACAGGUUGAUUUGCAACUGAUUAUUUGUUUCAAUGCACAUUAAAGGAAAACAUUGCAAAAAUCACUGUACAAAUUAGUCUAUGUGGCAUCAAUGAUGAUUUCU